AUGACGAAGACUUCUCAGAAGAGGCUGCGUGACUCUCCAAGUCCACCUAAAGCAAGGGCUGCCUGGAGCACCUCCAGCCCUCUGAGGAUGUCCAGUUACAUCCUCAAGAGGCCAGUUACCCGGGUGACCUCCCACGCCGGCAAUGAGGUCAGGUACCACCAGUGGGACGAGACCCUGGACAAGCCACAGCAGGUCUGCUGGCAGAAGAGAAUGCAAGGCCUCCAGGCCUCCAGCAGCACAGGAGAACAACUGAGCACCCCGGAUCUCGCCAAAGUCUUGCAGCAACUGGCAUCUAAUGGCGCAGGGGUAUCCCCGCCACAGGCUGAGACCGCACCUGCCCUGGCCCGACACUCACCUUGGCCGGAGCCGACGCCAGGAGGAGAGCAUCUGGGUCUCUCUCACAGCUUCUACAAACCAUUUCUGGUGACUGAGGAAGAUAUUAAGAGGCAGGAAAAGAAAGUGGAGACAGCCAGAGAGAGGCUCGCCCUAGCAAUGAUCGCAGACAGGCUAGCCAGUGAAAGAGAAAAGGUGAGGGGGCUGGGAAAGAGAACUGAUGAAACUGGGGAAGGGAAACCCCAAUAA